CACGCACCCGCUGCGGCUCGCCCGCACAGCCCAGCCUCGGCGCGGGCCGCAGCCACCCCAGCCUCCGCGACCAUCAUCGCCGCCGCGGAACCGCCAAGCCCGCCCGGCGCGGAACCGAGGCCAGUCCCGGCUGGGCACUCGGGCGGGCGCACGGGCCGCCGCGGUCGCUCGCUCCGCUCCGGCUCCAGCUGCAGCUCCGGGGAGGACGCACUGGGCUCGCUCUUCCACGCUCCGUGUUCUCAGUGCGGAGCAUCCUCCCCGGUGCUCGGCAUCCUCCUCUCAGCGCCCGAGCAUCCUGCUCCGAGCGCAGCGUCCUCUUCACUGAGCAGCCUCCCUAGUGCUUGCUUGGCAUCUUCCUCCGAGCUCAGCAGCGUCCUCCUUCCGCUCCUCAGCGGCACCCGGGCCCGGUCCCCACCCGCUCGCACCCCACCCGCGGGAAGGAGGCCUCGGGAAUGCAGGGGAGUGGCUGUGGGGGCGCGUCGCCGCUCGGCCAGCCCCUCUGCCCAAACGCGGGCUGCUCCCCAUUGUAGAAGCUGUACCGUGUGACAGGAGGACGGCGUGCUGCUCCCGGCGGGCGCGGGGCUGCGGGGAUCUCAGCGAGCUGAAGCCCUGGCAUCCUUUUAGGGCUUUUAGGGUGGGGCGGGGAGGGCCCUGGCGUUUGGAGAGUGGACCGGAGCAGGGAAAGGACUCUGCAGGGGACUCGUGAGGGACUAUGGGGAAGGACCAGGAGCUGCUGGAAGCUGCUCGCACUGGCAAUGUGGCUCUGGUGGAGAAACUCCUAUCUGGCAGGAAAGGAGGGAUCCUGGGUGGUGGAUCCGGACCUCUGCCCCUGUCUAAUCUGCUAAGCAUCUGGCGAGGUCCCAAUGUGAACUGCACGGACAGUUCGGGUUACACCGCUUUACACCACGCGGCCUUAAAUGGACAUAAGGACAUAGUUCUCAAGCUACUUCAGUAUGAGGCAUCCACAAACGUGGCCGACAACAAAGGUUACUUUCCCAUUCAUCUGGCUGCCUGGAAAGGAGACGUGGAGAUUGUGAAGAUUCUCAUCCAUCACGGACCGUCACAUUCCAGAGUCAAUGAACAGAACAAUGAGAAUGAAACCGCCCUCCACUGUGCAGCUCAGUACGGACACUCAGAAGUGGUUGCCGUUCUCCUAGAAGAGCUCACGGACCCUACGAUCAGGAACAGCAAACUGGAAACGCCGCUGGACUUGGCAGCGCUCUACGGACGGCUGCGGGUGGUGAAGAUGAUCAUCAGCGCGCACCCGAAUCUAAUGAGCUGUAACACCCGCAAGCACACGCCGCUGCACCUCGCCGCCCGCAACGGUCACAAGGCGGUUGUACAGGUGCUGCUGGAGGCGGGAAUGGAUGUGAGCUGUCAAGUGAGUCCCUUAGCCAGCCAUCCGUGCAUUUAAAGGUGACGGGGCUGCACGGCCUGCUUCUGGGAGCACGUGGGGAGUUAAAGCACAAGCUCUCCCUUUGUGAUAACUGGAGGGCCGUGGGUUAUGAGUAGAUGGAGGUUUUGGGUGGUAUCAUGAGUAACUGUUUUCUUUUUCCUGGCAUUUCACCUACAGCCUGGUACCGUAGAA